AUGGGCGGGCCUGUGCUCUGCUGCAUCCCUCUGCCCGCGUGCUUCUCCUCCACACACUGUCCCUCUCCUCUCCUCCUCCAUCUCCCGCGAGCUCCUCCCACCACAGCCGCGCCGGCGCCCCCAUGCUCCUCCCGGUGCGCCGCCCGCACGUGGCCCCGUCCCGCUCGGCCUCCCCACGGCACGUAUCCUCCUCCCUCGGGCCCCGAUCCAGACAGGUCGACCGGGCCCUCCGGGGCUCCACGGUGGCGCGGGCCAGCCCGGCGGCGGCGACGGACGCCUCUGCCUCCGCCGGCCUCGGCCGCCGCGCGGUCGUGGGUAUGGCGCUCGCCGUGUCCCUCUCCGCGCCCGCCUACUGCAGGGCGCCGCCCCCGUCGUCCGCGCUCACGGAGGAGAACCUGCUGUUCCUGGAGGCGUGGCGCGCGGUCGACCGCGCCUACUACGACAAGUCCUUCAACGGACAGAGCUGGUUCAGGUACCGCGAGCGCGCCCUCCGCGACGACCCCAUGA